UCCUCAUUCUUGCUGUGUUCACGAAACAUUUCGACUGACUGGUCGAUAACAAAGUCUGAUUAAAUGUUACUUUAGGAAGGAUUUAACAGUCAAACAUAACGAGUUUGUUGAAACAGAUAGUUGACAAUUGCGUUUAAAAAGAACUGUGAAGUAUUGGUUAAGUUGAGUAAAGAAAACAUUGCAAAAAUGUGGCUGUUCCAUAGUCAGUGCACUAGUAAGGCGCGUCUCGUAGGCAAGACAGUGGUUAUAACAGGAGCAAAUACCGGGAUCGGCAAAGAAACUGCCAGAGAUCUCUACAGAAGAGGAGCAAGGGUAAUUUUAGCCUGUCGAAAUUUACAAAAAGCAAAGGAUGCACUUGAAGAUUUAAAAAAAAAUCCACCUUCAAGAGCGGACAGGGAACAAUUUCAAGGUAAUCCAGGUGAGCUCGUAAUUUAUCGAUUGGAUCUCUCUAGCCUAAAGAGCGUGAAAGAAUGUGCAAAAACCUUGUUAAUGAAGGAAUCGGCUAUUCAUCUGCUAAUAAAUAAUGCCGGCGUGAUGAUGUGCCCGCAAGAAACAACGGAAGAUGGAUUUGACUUACAACUACAAACAAACUACAUCGGCCACUUUCUUCUGACGCUUUUGCUGCUGCCAAAAAUGCAAUCUUCUGAUCCUAUCUGUAGAAUAUUGAAUAUAUCAUCGCGUAUUCAUAUUUUUGGUGCUAUACAUGAUGACUUAAAUUUGAAGGAAUCAUACACUCCUCUUAAGGCCUAUAUGCAAAGUAAACUGGCAAACAUAUUGUUUACCAAGGAACUCGCUCGUCGGUUAAAAGAAGCAAACAUUAACGGAAUAAAUGUAUAUUCCUUGCAUCCUGGCGCUAUAAAAACAGACCUAGGUCGGCAUUUUAGUAGAACAAUAUUCCCAGGUGCAAACACUAUUAUUCGAGCGAUCUUGCGACCAGUUUUAAAGAAUCCUGAAGAAGGUGCACAAACGACGAUAUAUUGUUCGGUGGAUGAAAAAGCAGCUAACGAAACUGGUCUCUAUUACCAGUAA